AUGUCUGAUUUCACCGAUGAUAUUGACAUGGACACCAUACUGCGUGCAGCCAUGAAAACAGUGCAGAUGAUACAGUCUGAUCCACGAGACCUGAAAUUCCUGAAGCUGCCUUGUGGGAUGGCCCCAGAAAUGUCGGCUCACCUGGGUCAUAUUGCAAGUGGUUACAGGCAUACCUUGGUAGUUUAUCUACACAUCAUCCUAGAAAGGCUCAUGCAAACCCACGGCAGUGAUGCAAGGGAUCUUCAGAUCUUGAUGAUACGCAGUUUACUCCCCUGUUCCAAGCAAGAAGCAAUUUCAGCUUGCUUGGAAGACGUUUUGCGUGUACCAGAGAAUAGUCUAGCCUUUAUCGGAUCGAGCCCGCUUGUAUUUAUUGUUGCGAGUGAGACGAAAGAUAGUUCGGAGUUCGAGAUUUCUCUCCAACUGUUGCUACGGUUGUGGACACGGACCUGUCUUGGAAAUAUUGGUGUUGCGCUGGAUUUUCUUAGAUAUAUCCAGCAUGCCAACUUUCCAGAUUGGCGUCAAGCGCUGAAAUCACGGAAGUGGGAUCUUAUCGUCAGUUGA